UCUUAAAGAAAAAAUAUGAUUUACAUAUUUAUUUAAGUUAACUUAAAAAAAAAAAAAACUUAGUUACUUGGACGUAUUUGUACAAAAUGGCAUACCAAAAAAUUCAUUAUCAGAAAGUUACAAUCAAAAUUAGUCCUACCCAAUUUGCAACAACUGCAUUUAUUUCUUGGCUAAUAAAACGAAAUUCGGAUGAAUUAGAUUCUAAAACUAAAAUUGUUGCAGAGAAUCAAAUUACACAAUCAAUUCAACAAGCAGAGGAAUUUAUUCACAAUGGAAAGCUUAAAGAAGCAAAAAUCUUAUUGGACAAUGCUAUUAAGUUGGCAGAUGAAAAUGAAGCUUAUGAAAAUGUUUCCUCUUUGUGUGAUUUACUAGCAUCCAUUAUUCUAAGUGAGGGUGACUUUUAUGAAGCUGAAAAUGUUUUGGUUAAAUUCAUCGAAAGGCUUCUUCAAUUGGGUUAUCCAGAAACUCAUAAUAGUAUUGUUACAUUCAAAUUAAAACUAGCACGGAUUUAUCAGUUGCUUGGUAGUUUAGAGAUGUCAGAAUAUGGUUUUCGAGAUUGCAUACGUGUGCAGGAGAAAAAACUGGAAGGUCAGAAACAAAUCGAUGAGGAAUCGAAUGCAAUUUACAUAACUGCUUUAUUUUGGUACGGAAAACUUUUGGCUGAUCAACAGGAUUUUAAGCGUGCCCGAAAACAAUACACAAAAUGUUGGGAAAGAAUAUUGAAAACAACAAACAUUCUUCCGUCUCAAAAAAUGGUUGUGCUGCAUAACAUUGCAAAUGUAUCGGCAAAAUUGAAUGACUUUGAUGCGGCUCUUCAUUAUCUAUAUUCUGCUAUAGAAAUUUGUCUAGUUGAAGACCCAGACAAUACAGAUCUACCAAUAUUUAUUGUUCAAGUGGGUUUAAUAUUCCUUCAAAAAGAAAUAUAUGAAAGUGCUUUAUUUUGGUGUCAAACUGGACAUGAACUAGCAUCGCAUGAAGGAAAUGAAAUAGCAAAAAAAGAGGGUCUAAAGUGUUUAGACGAGCUACGAAAACUGAAAAUCUUGACAUAGUUUAAAUAAUUUUCCAUUUUUCCAUAUUAACAAGUGCAAUAAAAACUUGCAAGACCUUUAGAAAAUUCCCAUUCUCUUGUAGGAAAGCG